UUCAGUCGGUAUCGGAGCAGCGUCGGGCUCGCGUCGCUCUCUCGUCGCUCGUCGGAGUAGAGUGUGCAAGCUCUCUCGGUGCUGCUGCGCGUGCAAUAAUAACAGAGAGGCAGAGCGGAGAGCCCACUCCGCGUGUGUCUGUGUGUUUGAGUGUGUGUGUGUGUCAGUGCUUGAUAUUAGUGUACCGAGAAAACGCAUACACUCUCGGAAGAGGGGCCUACAUAGAUGUAAUAUAGCAGCUGAGAGCAUUCGUAAGCUCGACGACUGCACCGCAUUUUAUUAUUGUUAUUAUUAUUAUCAUACGUCCGAGUGAUCGAGAGUAUCGAGUUCACUACUCUCCGGUGUCACCGCACAGUGAAUAAUAAGAGAAAGAGAGGAGAAAGGAGCUUUUUCGCAAUUCGGAAAAGCUCACGUCGACUACUACCUAGUGCCGUGUACGUGAAAUAAUACAAAGUUUGCGCGCCGGCGCCUGCAGUAGCAGAUGGGGAUCGAUCGUACGACGACGUCGACUACCAUCGUUGCUUCUGCUGCUGCUACUGCUACUACCGCAGGCGUUGCUGCUGCUGCUGCUGCUGCUGCUGCCAAGAUAACGUCGUUGCUCCCAUCGAGCAGGUAAUCUCACUCGAGAAGUCGGAUUACGUCGUCGUCGUGGUCGUUGUUAUUGUUGUUGCAUCGUCGUUUUGCGGACACACACAUAUCUCUCCCUCAUCCUGUUUUUCUACGUAACAAUAACAAUCGAUGCCAUAAACGGCCUUUAACGACGGAUAAUAAUAUUGAAAGAAAAAAAACAACGACAACAACACGACGCUAAAAAAAUGGAUCCAGCCACGGGUCAAAAGAAGCAGGUGCGAGUGGGCUUCUACGACAUCGAGGGCACGAUCGGCAAGGGCAACUUCGCCGUCGUCAAGCUCGCGAGGCAUCGUAUCGUCAAGUCAGAGGUGGCCAUUAAGAUAAUUGACAAGAGCCAGUUGGACGAGACGAAUCUCGAGAAGGUGUAUCGCGAGGUCGACAUCAUGAAGCAGCUCCAUCAUCCGCACAUCGUCAAGCUCUACCAGGUCAUGGAGACGAAAAAUAUGCUCUACAUCGUGAGCGAGUACGCGAGCCGCGGCGAGAUAUUCGACUACAUAGCCCGCUACGGCCGCAUGAGCGAGCCCUGCGCCCGCACCACCUUCGCCCAGAUCAUCUCCGCGGUGGAGUACUGCCACUCGACGGGGGUCGCGCAUCGCGACCUCAAGGCCGAGAAUCUCCUCCUCGACGCACAGAUGAACGUCAAGAUCGCCGAUUUCGGCUUCAGCAAUCGUUUCGCCCCGGGCGAGCGUUUGAGCACGUGGUGCGGCUCGCCGCCCUACGCUGCCCCGGAGGUGUUCAAGGGCAAGCACUACUCCGGCCCGGAGAUCGACGUCUGGAGCCUGGGCGUCGUGCUGUACGUGCUCGUGUGCGGGGCCCUGCCCUUCGACGGCUCGACCCUCCAGUCGCUGCGAGAUCGCGUGCUGAGCGGCAAAUUUCGCAUUCCCUACUUCAUGAGCACAGACUGCGAGAGCCUGAUCAGGAAGAUGCUGGUGCUGGAGCCGUGCAAGCGCUACACGAUACCGCAGAUCAAGCGUCACAGGUGGCUCGGCGGCGCCUGCGACCAGGUGAGGACGAGUCUGCCCAGCGCCGUGCCACCCGCCCUGCAGGAGCCCAACGAGCAGGUACUCAGGGUCAUGCAGAGCAUCGGCAUCGACGUGGCACGCACGAGAGAGUCGGUGCGGAACAACAGUUACGAUCACUUCGCCGCCAUAUACUUCUUCCUGCUGGAGAGACUGAAGCAGCAGCGCAACUGUCCCAAGGACGAAAAAUUCAAGUCCAGAGGCCGCGAGGAGCUCGGGCGCAACGGCAAGCGCUUCAGCUCGACGAGCUCGUCCACGGACGAGGGCUGCUGCAGCGCCGAGGGCGACUUCGAGGACCAGAUACCGUCGGGCGACGAGCUGCGCGACGCCCAGAUCAAGCUCGAGGAGCACCGGCUCGGCCUCGAUCGCGACAUCCACCAGCGCAACGACAGCCAGAUCGUCAAUCGCCGGCUGAGCGACUAUCAGCAUCAGCACUUCAGCAACGGCUCGAACAUCGCCAGCAUCGGCGCCGCUACUAGCAGCAAUAAUAGCAACAGCAACGGUGGUGGUGGUACCAGCAGCGAGACGUUGACCAGCAAUCAAGACUCGGCCAUUGCCAGCGAGUCGAUUCAGAGCAACAGCAACGGCAACGGGGGCGUGAUACGCCACGCUACGACCAACAACGGUGGCAGCAUCUUCGGCGCGAGCAACGGCAGCGGCAGCCACAACGGCGGCAGCGGCUCGUCCGAGUUCUUCGAGUCGAGCUUCGACUCGGGCUGCCCGCCCGACUACACCACGACGACGUCGACGAGCUGCUUCACCUCGAGCCUGCCGAGCUGCACGCCGCCGCCGCCCAAGAGUCCGUCGCCCGUGGCCAGUCGAUUAUCGAGGGUCGCCGCCCAGGGUAGACGUGCCUCCGACGGUGGGCCGAGGCUUCUGCUGGCCCAGCAGGCCGCCAUCGAGCGCGUCGUCAAGCAGCGCAGCAUCCAAGAUUCGGGCAAGGCACGCGGCCACCUGGACCUGGUGCACCUGCGACCGCCUCCGGCCUCCCCCCAGUCCUCCCAGUCGGGCCACCAGUUCAAGCUGCGCAGCGUCGACUCGGCGGGCUCCCAGCUCCAGCUGCUCGUCCAGCAGCGCAUGCUCCAGCAGAAGCGCAAUCUGUAUCAUCGGGCCCACCGUACGGGCAGCAGCAACGGCAGCAGUCCGACCCCGGGCUCGAUCAACGGCUCCAUGACCCUCCACCAUCACCAUCAUCCGGCUCACACACAACUCGACGGCGGAGGUGGCGGCAGUCAGUAUCUGCUGUCCCGCCAGGACAGCUGCGGCUACAAGCUGGCGCCGGCACAGCAGCGCCUGCAGCAGCACUAUCACUAUCCGCAGCAGCAGGCCCACCUCAAUCCGCUGCACAAUCAUCACAAUCAUCAUGGCAAUCAUCAUCAGCAUCAUCAUCAGGUUCAGCAGCAUCAGCAGCAGCAGCAGCAGCACAGAUUCAACGAGCACGACUUCGGCAGGGAGCGCGAGAACGACGAGCGCUGGAAGAGUCUGCCCUCGAGGCUGGCCGCCGAUUGCCAGCUGGCCGAGAGGACGCUGCUCUGGAGCCAGCAGGUGGAAAAUCUCGGCGGGGGCGCGUCGUACCUGCCCCAGCACCACAGCAACAACGCGGCGGUGGCCAACAACGGCUUCCUGUGGCCGACCCAGGGCAGCAGCAAUCCGCACUCGACCAUCUUCGAGAACAGCCCCGGCGACCCGAUGGAAUGACUAUCGGACAUAAGGGCUUCCUUGGCCAACUGCACAUUGAGGCUGAGGAGCUCGAGCGGCUCGGGAUCGCGCAGGACCCUCGUCAGGCUCUAAGUUAAUCGCGCACAUACACAUAUACAUUUCGACUGAGUUAUUACAAAUUGUUAAUAUUAUAAAAUGCGUCAGCGAGUUGUUGGGUAAUAAAUAAGACUUGUUAAAGGAUUGUUGAAUUAAUUGUUCCAAGCCUGUUGAUAGAAAAGAGAAUGAGAGAGAGAAAAAUGUAUAUCGAAAGUUGAAAUGGGAAAAAAUUUAGAGCUCAGUCGUAGUUUUGCUUGAAUAGUAUAUUAUACACACACGAAGGUAUCUAUAUUAUACGAUAUACACAAUAUUGCAUCGUCCAACGAUCGGGUUUUCGUUAUGUUAUAUACUUGCGACAUUUUCGAUGAUAUUAUUACCGAUUUUGGAGCGUCGCUCCGAAGUGAUAUAAACAUAUUGAACAAUCUAACACGAUAUAUCAGCUAAACUAUACAAUAAAAAAAUAAUAAUAAUAAUAAUACACGCAGAUUACGAUCGUAUUGUUACCGAAAUAAUAAUAAUUAUCGUUUAGUCGGCUUCUGGAGACUGCUUCGUAAAAAUGUGUCGAACGUCAAUACAAAACACGAAAAAAAAAAGUAUAUAGAUAUAAAAUAAUUGAUAAUUAGAGAUAUUGCGGAUGAUUUCGUCCGCAGAGCUCGAACGUGGACGAAUUAAAAAAAAAUAAUAGAUUAUGUAAAUAUUAUAUAGAGAGCUUUCGAAUCAUUACGUCGUACUAGAUGAUAUGAUGCUGAUUGAUUUUAUAUUACAAAAAAAAAUAAUAAUAUUGAUAAUUAGUCAAAGUUAAUAUGUACGUGCCUCGUGCUACCCUGAUUUCCAAAAAGAUUUUUAUAUUUAUUACCAACGAAAAUUGAUGCGAGUAUCUUCGAACGAGUCAAUUUUUACAAUCGUCUAUACACAGCUGCGCCGAAGUUAUAUGGAAUAAAUUGUACACACGUCGGUAGUAUCUUAAGAUAUCAUUAUUGCGACUUUGGCUUCUAUACUCUGGAAUUUCGUUUCGAUGGCAAAUUUCAAUAUUGUAAUAUGUAUACUCGGUAGCACGACGAACUAGAAAUGAGAAAAAAAAAUAUGAAAAUUUACGACUGACGACGAAAAUAUAAUGUAUAUCUAUCGCUAUAGUGUUACGAUAAAAAAAUAAAUAAUUGAAAAUACAUAUUACUUGCACGGAACGUGCAAUUUUAUCAUAGACUGAUUAAAACAAAAAAAAGAAAGAAAGAAAAAACCGAAAAAAAUAGAAAAUCUAUAUAUAACACCAAUGACACAUGCACAUCACGCGCUAUGUAGUGGAAGGACAACCGAAUGAUAAUGAAACUGCAGUGCUCGAGAGCCAUUACGACACUUUUUCUACCGGAACAAUUUUGAAGAUGGUCCAAAAAAGAUUUCUGCGACCAAAUCCUGUAAUAUCUAAAAAAAAAAAAAAAAAUAAGACUUAUAGUCGAGGAAAUGUUGAGAAAGAAAGAGAGAGAAAAAAAACUAUUAUCGGGUGAUGCGAUGCGAUCCGUGCGCCUAACGAUGCCAAUUAAUGAAACAAAUUAACUUUUUCAAUGAAAGCAAUGUUAUGAAUUUACUCGUGGUAAUUGAAUCAAUAAUUUUAAUAUAUAAUAUCGCCGACAACGAACAGUGAAGCCCGCGAUGAUGUGUAAUCAUCGACAAUCAUGGCGACGAAGCACGUGCUGACAAUUUAAAUGAUAUAUCAUUCUUUUUUACGAAAAAAAAAAAAAAAAUUGAGCAUCGAUUAACAAAACCAUCAUCUUAUCGACGUACUAAAA